UUUAUUGUUAAAUCCAGUGUGGAGUUGGUAGUCCUCAGUAAUGCAUGUUUUUCAAACACAUGAUGGAGAUACAGCGUGCUGGAUGAUAGAUGGGCGGGGCUAUAGUUUGUAAAGUGACAUCACUGCCCUUUUGAAGUGAAUUUCAGUACUUGACCCCAUUGGAUGGAAACCGGGAGUCCGAGGAGCAUUUGGUGGCUUGAACCUAUUUGUCUCUGAAUUGCCACGUUAGGAUCUGGUUUUGCUUCCUUCACACUGCUUUCAGCUCACGGCGCAUCGCGAGGGUGAAGCAGCGGGUUGAUACAAAGGUUUUGUUUUUUUUGCACGUUUGUAUAUUUUAAGCGAUUUGCUCAAGGAACCGCACGCCUCCCGUAUCACCUCGUCUCCGGCGUGAAGUCGUGGGUUGUCCGCUCUUCCAGACCGAAGCAGAAGUGUAGAAACCAGACGCCUUUACGAUCCUCUGAAGGACAGUUACUGAGUUGGCGAAAGCAUCCAUUAUCUCUGGGUUCAGUGUGUGAGCAGCACUGAAUCCAGUGAUCAUAACAAGCAGCAACUGAUCGUCUUGUAAUAUUGGCGAUGAAACCUGAUGGGGUUGCCACAGCACCAUCUGAACCAAUGGAAGCCGAAGGAACAGAACCCAUAACGGAACCAACCGACAAUGACGGGGCAUCUCAAAAUGGGACUACACCCUCACCCCCACAACCUGAUGAACCCCAAAAAGAGCAAACGGCUCCUCCGACUGUUAAAGAAGCUUCUGGGAAAGCAGUAGAUGCUAAAAGCAAAUCCAAAAGCGCAGUCAAAAGCAAGAUUGCUGCAGGUCCAGCUACCACUGGACCAGGCACACGACCCAAAGCAACCCAAAGCCGUGUGGCUAAUGGCCUCACAAAGACUGCAUCGAGUGCCCCGACCAAGAAACCCAUUCCAGCCAGCACUGCGGCAGCAGACAAGAAGAAACCCACCACUACUGUUGCAUCUUCUGGCCCAAGUAAGAAACCCGUUGGCUCUUCUACUGCCAUUGCAACUUCAAGAGCUCAAUUUAAAACAACAACUGCUGGAACAAACCGAUCAACGACAACCACCGCAGCCAGUGGAACAAAGACAGGACCUGCUGUCAGCACAGCCACCAGCCUGAGCAAGAGACCUGCCACUAGUGCUGCAACCAAACCCAAGUACACUGCUCCUGCUCCAAGGCCAGCUGCUGCCCCUGCUGCCAAACCCAGCACUUCAGCCACAGCCAAAACCACUGCAGCUCCCAAAACUAACAGGGCAACUGGAAGUUCACGACCAGCUGCUACUUCAGCUACAGGAAAAACAGUACCUGGUACAACUACAUCUGCUUCUGCAGUUCCUAGAACAAGCCGCACUGCUACUAAACCCCUUGUUAUAGCAUCAGCUGCUCGGAAAGAUGCUGGAAAAACAAGCACUAUGGCACCUGCAAAAAAACCCGUUCCCUCAACAAUAUCCCGAUCUGCAGCCAGCAAGCCUUCAAAUUCAGAGGCUCCAAAACCAUCUGUGGUUACCAAACGACCUCCAACUAGCAUCAAAGCACCUCAACCCAAACCAGAAGACAAAAAAAGUGUACCAAUACGUAAGGUGCCUCCUGGUCCACGAAACAAUCCCUCAAGGCCAGCAUCAGGCAAGAAUAUUGCAGCAUGUCCUAGUCACAAACAACCAGGUAGCACAGUUGGUGCAAAGCUUCAGCUAGCUAAACCAACACAGUCUGUCAAAGGUAAGCUGGAUGAUAAAGAACCUGCAACAAAACCUGCUGAUAAAGAAUCUGUAACAAAACUUGAGGAUAAAGAACCUGUAGAAGACCCUGUGCAACUUUCGGCAGCUGCAGUAGCUACAGUAGCUGUAGCAACAGCUGCAGCCAUAGUGGGGGAAGAAUCUGUUUCAGGACCUGAAGCAGCUCCAAAUGUAGAGAGUUCUGUGGAUGUUUCAUCCUCUUCUUUAGAUGUUCAGGAAAUGGUAGAUGUCCAGGUCACUAAUGUAAACUCUCAAAAUGUGCUGGAUGUUUCUAACACAGAGCAAGAGGAUCAAGAGGCAUUAAUAGAAGCUGGUUCUGUUGAAGUGGCUUGUCCAGCAUUGUCUCUUGGCAAUCAGGAAUCUGAAGAGCAGGUGUCUGGAAAAGUUGAUGAAAAGCUUAUUGCAGUUGAGGCACCAGUUGCACUGGAAACAACUGAACAGGGAAGCUUAACUGCUUCUCAAUUAGAUAAAUCUGCAUCCACAAUAGCAUCCUCUGGUGUAGAGGUGGCUGAAAAAGUUGAACGGAAUAACAUUGACUGUUAUGAAGAUGUGGAAGAAGAAGAGAGGGAAGGCAGUCAACAAGUGUCUUUGUCAGAAAUGAGUGGCACCCAGCCUACUGAAGAGUCUCGACCUGGGUCAGCUGGGCUUGCCGGCUCCGUUUGGCGAGCAGGAGCCUUGCUCUCUGAGCUUGACUCUGAGGAUGUGAGUUGCAGCCAGCAGGGAGCAUCAGAGCUAAGUGCUCCAGGUGUCCUGGAAGGCACGGAGAGCAUGGAUGAUCUAGGGGAUGCAAGCCUUAAAGGAGCUGAUGGCGAAGGUGCAUCUGUUGGGUCCCCUGACUUUGAGAAAGUUUCAGAUAUUCUUACUAAUGAAGAUGAUGAUGAUGAAGAUGAUGAUGAAGAUGACGAUGACCGAGUCUGUGACAUGGAGGUUGGGUCUGAAAGAGCAGAGGACUCUCAUAGGCAGCAUCAUGACAACGAGGAUGAUGAAGAGGACGAAGAUGUAGAAAUGGCAAGUGAGGGCAUUACUGAGAGUGGGCUUGAAAGUUAUGGGAAUGCAGAUGAGGAUGACUUGACUGAAGACUACAGAUUAGACAAUUUAAACCGAAUCCAGCCUCCUCCCAUGGUUCCUUCUGCCCCUCCAUCCCAGUGGAACCAGCCUAUUUGCUUUGCUGAUGCCUGGGCCCAGCCACCACAACCUGCGUCUACACUUCUUUCAAGUCCUUCCUCUGAAUGUUGGCAAGCAGACCCAGAAACCCCAACACAGACACCUGCUCAAGCUAGAAUUGACUUUAGCUCUGAAAGGGGUUCUCCAUCAAAUCUUUUGGAGCCUUCACCUUGCACACCUCAAGCUCCACUAUCUGCUUCAGAGGGGAAUGUUAGCCCCAAACCAAGCUUGACAUCCUCUCAAACCUGCAAGUUCCAGCCUCAUACUUCCAGUGACCUUGACCUAGCAUCCGACAGUAACAAAGACACAAGUUUACCAGAAGAGGUGAAAGACAAGAACUAUUCAGAGUCUCUUUCUAAAGUGGAGCUCCAGCCAGAACCUCUAAACCUUAUGCCCAAGGUCUUGCCAGAUAUCAUGCAAGAUCUAGGCAUCCACCUUGAACGUGCUGAUGAGGAAGAGGAACCUGAAACUCUGCCUGCUGAUGAUGUACUGGGUGGUCCUGCAACUGCUCCAUCAUCUCCUUCAUCAGCUACUGAAGAUGAGGCAAGUGACACAGAAGGUGAAAUGCAGAUCAGUGAUCCUCAAGCUGAGCUAUCUGGCACUGAUGCAUUUGGUACAGCACCUGCGGGCCAAAGCUUGUCAACUCUUGAGGAAUGUGAAGAAAUUGGUGGGGAGAGUGGUGGUGGUGGUGGUGGUGGUGGUAGUGAGACCCCUCAGUCUGCCACUUCUGCUGCAUCCUAUGGCUUUGACUACAUGACCUCUAACUCCAAUGCCCAGUCAUCUGCCGAGAGUUGUAGCAAGAGUCCUGGCAUCUUUUCUCUAGAAAAUGAAGAGCAGUUGCCAGAUGAGGCCAAGGAUCCAUCUCUUCUUAAAGAGUUGACCUUGAUACCCACUACUGCUUCAGAGGAAAAGAUUGAUCCUAUUAAAAGCCAACAUGGAGAGGUCCAGUGUCACACAGAGCAGCAGUACAUGCUGUGUGGAGAGUCCAGUGAGCUGCCUAAGUCUGAUUCAGCAGCAGGAGCUGUACCCUUAGAGUCUGGCUUUAUUGAUCCUUCAUCCCAACAGCACCAGGAAGAGGAACAAGAACUUGACUCUCAGCAUCCGUACUACUCCACUAUAUGUGAAAAGACUGAUAGUGCCCUGGCAGAAGGAAACUCCCAUUUUCCACCACAACCAAAUGAUUUGCUUUCUAUCCAAAUGACGAUGUCAUCCAAACUUCGUCUCAGGCCACGUGCUCCCCAUGUGACCCAGCCACCACGGCUUCCCACUGACCUUCCUCCCAGAAUACCAAAUGUGGUGUCAAACACGCAGCUCCGAUGUCUUGAGCAACACCAACAGCACCUUCAUGAGAUCCAGCAGCGCCAGGAGAAACGUAAUAGAGAACAAGCGAGACAAGAAGAAGAGGAGAAACAAGCAAGGAAUGAGAUGGAUCAACAGGAGGAAGAACAGAAGAGAAAUUUGCUUGAGUUGCAACUUAAGCAGCAAGAGCAAGAACUAAAGCAGCGACAGCAGAUCAUGCAGUGGCAACAAGAACUUGAACAGCAGCAGCAGCAAAAACACAAGGUGCAUACACCAGUUGUCCUGUCUCCUUCAUCAGGUCUCACCACCAUCUAUGAAACUGUGGAAACAAGUGAUGAAGAAGAGGAGGAGGAAGAAGCAGUGGUUAAGGAUGUAGAAGAUAAAAGCUCCUUUAUUAUAUGUCCUGGAGAAGACACGCAAAGAUGCACUGAAGAAAAUGACUCUGAUCUUUAUUCACAAUGCACAACACCUUCCCCUGAGUCUAUUAUUCAGGGUCCUCAGCGAGAAAUUCAGGAAACAGAUCCUGCAGCAGACCAAGACAGUCCUUCUCCCUUGGGAUCUCCUGAACGUUCUCCGCCUCUGGAGUUUGACUGGGGCAAGAAAGUUGACAUUGUCCAGCAGCUCAUCAAUCAGACAUUACUGCUUGCAGGUGACAGUUGCUCGCCCCUUCUUCUGCUGCCUGGAGGAGCAGGUGGUACACUCAGCCCCCUCGAAAGCAGCCUGUGGCCCAACUUGUUGCCACCUCUGACACCCCCUUCAGCCACUGUGACAUCUGUGAGCAGCUUCUCACCCGAGGCUCCAGGCAGCUCUGCUCAGGGUGAGUGGACGGUGGUUGAGUUGGAGACGCAUCACUGAUGAAAGCUGAAUAACAUGCUUGCCAAAUAUGAAUUUUUGUUCUCAAAAGACUUGACGAAGGUCCACCAGUAGGAAAGCACAUGUAGCAUUAGAUAAUGGAGCAUUCUCUUGAACUCUUACAGAGGAUCUAGUCAUGGAUUUGACUGGUUCAUUCAUCUUCAUUCUGCAGUAUUUCAGCAAGCGUUGAAGUAGAAAAUUGUGUGAGCCUGAAUCUGAUAAUGCAGAACAGUGUGCUGGACUAUCACCAUCUUGCUCUCCGUUUGGUUUGUCUUCCUCCUGAGAGUUAUUCUAGUGCAGUGAGCGUUCAUUUGCACUCCCCACCCAUCCAUCCAAAAACAAUAGAACACUAGUUUAUACCUUUUUAUGCCACUGAAACAGCCUCCCUGCCAAAUUGAUCAGUCAUAUCUGACCUGCCCUCGUGCCAGAAGGCCAUUUCCUUAAGGUUUAAUGGAGAUGUCUGGCUGGCUUGAGCUACAUACAUUUAUCUACAAGUCAUUAUUGAGCCCUCUACCCACAAUGCAGGCAAGAUGCCAGCUCAAUGACUGAGCAACUUAAAACAAAAUGGGCUCCUUUCUCUGACUUCUCGGAGCAGAAGAUCUUUGAAAAAGAUAAAACCUUGAGGUAAAUCGAAACAAGCAGUUUUUGAAUCCAGAUCAAGCAGCCAUUGUUUUUGUUAUGCACUAUGACGUCUACAAACAAAAAAACUCCCAAAAAACACACUGGUUUAAUUCAGCUCUUGUUCAACAGCACAGAAUGCUGUUAUUGAAUAAUACAUUGCUUAUGCAUACUAUUUGACACAACAUUUGCAGGAAUAACUACAAAAAUUAAAUUGUAAAGUAAAUUUGCUGAUGUUGUUCCAAAUAAAAUGUUAAAUUAUUUGAGUUAUUGUGAAACUGUAAAAUAGAAGGUAUUACAAAUUUUCCAAAGCAUGCACAGCUAUCCACAAUUUUAAACGUAUCACAGGUUCAAAGACAGUCUCCUGGUCUAAACCUUUAUCUUUGAGGACCAUGAUAUGCAAAGUAAUGUGCUAUGGUUUUUCCUCAAGUAUAUGCACUGCUGUAACAUUUAAAAUAUUGCUGACAACAGACCCAUUGCCUCUCUAGAUUAAUGCAUUACAGGGAUUUUUAAUUAUUUUUAGUGAUACUGGAAAAUCUGUGCAGCUACAUCAAAUGAUCAUCUUUACUGUGAACCUUCUGUGCCUCCCUUACCUGUCCGAAUUAUGAAUGAUUAGUAUCUAUUUGAGGAAGAAGGAGCAGCUCUCAUAACAGCACUCAUGUGGUUUAAAUGAUAUUUUCUGGUUUGCUGUGAAUGAGGUUGACUCCUACGUUUAGAGGGCUGGAAGAACUUUUUGCUAAAUAAGCACUCUCAUACGCUGUCAUAAUAGUCUCCCAAGUUUUUACUAUCCUUACUUUGGUUAAAGAAAAUGGUUGAUCUUUUAUAGUAGUACGAUUUUAUUUUUUUUUUUUAUUCUCAGUGCAGUACUCUGCAAUGUUCAGUCUCUUUGUAUUUCUAUGCCACCAAGAAAAAAAAUCUAAUUAUUAGAUCACAACAAAUAUUUUAAAGUAAAUAAGACAUUAGGUCACAUGAGAACAUUUAACAUAUUCACCUAAAUUUAACUUAUAACGAUAAUGUUAUAUAGACAUUUAUGUAUUUGAGUCUGGUGAGGAGUUUUGUCUGUCACAAGUCUGACUGAAUGAAUUGAUUGAUCGUGGCCCAGUGGAAUGUUAAAGCACAAUUUGAUUAUUGGAGCCCCUAUUAUGUUUUGUCGUGUGAUGGUGCAUGUAUAUUAAUUUAAAGGGACAGUGAUGAAGUCUGUUUACUGUAUUAUGAAGAGAGAUUACGGUUUUAAUUUCAUUUGUACUGUACUGUUGUACUGCCUAUUUGUCUAUUAGUGCUGUGAAGUAGUUUAGAGACUGUAUAGUACUGUUUGACACUGUAAAUGUAGUAGCAUUUAUUUAAUUCAAACCUUUUUUAGUAUAUAUAUCAAAGGAACCGCUUUACAUUAUAAUCAGGGAACACAGGGAUUCCAGGUAGAUUCUGACUUUCACUGUAUUUUGGCUUAACUACUGUUGAAUAACUUGACAUAUCACAGAUACAAAUACCAUACAGAGAAACCUACUGUAUACACACACAAGCCAGCAGUAAAAAUGCACUGAGAUUAGCUUUGACUGGGCUGAUUUACAAUGAGACGUAUGAAGGAACACAACUGCAUUGUUUAUAAUGCUCUGCUCUCUCCACUGAUCUUUACUAUGUUUUCCAACAACUGUGCAAAGACAUAACUACUUCUGUGUGGUAGAUAUUCCACCUUUUAUUGUGUAUAUUUUUGUAAUUUAUUAUUUUGAAAGGAAGGAUUGCUUUAUUUCUUUGUUUUAUAGAGAAAAGAAGGCAGCAGGCUCUGACUGCCAGCAGGUUUUAUUUCUGGAUUUUGUAACAGACUACUUGGAUGGCCUCUGUAUUUUAAUGUUUUCAUAAAAAAUAAAGAUUAAAUGUCAAACCAA